GGAGCGCGCGGCUUCAGUGGGGCUGGUGUUCCCACCCGAGACUCUGUGGUGGAGCCGAGCCCGGCAAAUGGGCGCAUGAAAAAGAAGAGCGUGGAAAUGGACUGCUAUUUGCGCCGCCUCAAACAGGAGCUGACUUUCUGCUUUACCUUCCUGCGGAGUGUUCCAGCCAAGAUCGGGGGGCUGUGAAGGUCCCCAUUCACUGGGCUGGAGAAUGGGCCGCUUGGCAGAAGCAGGCCUUUUCCCAUUUCCGGCCCUGAACCUCCUUCUUGCUUCCAGAGGGGCUGAAAGGAACAGUGUCGGGAGCGUGAUAUCCAUGAAGGAAGUGGGCGACGGCCUGCAGGACCAGAUGAACUGCAUGAUGGGGGCGCUGCAGGAGCUGAAGCUCCUGCAGGUGCAGACGGCCCUGGAGCAGCUGCAGAUCUCCGGGGCGGGCCCCGCCCCAGGCUGCUCCGGAAGCCCCAGGACGCAGCCGGAGCCCCCUCCGUGGGAGGGCGGCAGAGGUGCCGCCAGGCCCGCUGUCCCCUCUCCCUCCAGCCAACCUCCUCGUGGUGGCGGCGGCAGGUGUCCACCCCCCAGGAGCGUGUGGGGGAGGGAGCUGGCCGCGGGGCCCAGGACACAGCCGCCAGAGCCCCAGAGCCGUGCGCCGCGGCAGCCGGAGCUGGCGGAGCCCGACGACGACUGGACCUCCACGCUGAUGUCCCGGGGCCGGAACCGACAGCCUCUGGUGUUGGGCGACAACGUUUUCGCAGACCUGGUGGGCAACUGGCUGGACCUGCCAGAACUGGAGAAGGGUGGGGACAAGGGCGAGCCCGGGGAGGCAGGAGAGCCCCGAGGAGAGAGGGGCCCGCCCCGGGAGCUGGGCCGCAGGCUCGCGCUGACGGCCAACAUCUUCAAGAAGCUCCUGCGCAGCGUGCGGCCCGACCGGGACCGGCUGCUGAAGGAGAAGCCGGGCUGGGUGACGCCCACGGCCUCGGAGCCCAGAGCCGGGCGCGCGCAGAAGGUCAAGAAGCGGAGCCACUCCAAGGGCCCCAGCCAUCUCCCCUUCCCUGGCUCGGGGGAGCCCCGGCGAGGAGAAAGCCCCUCCACCGGCUGCCCCAAGGCCCUGGAGGCCUCGCCCUCGGGCUUCGAUAUCAACACCGCCGUCUGGGUCUGAAUCCCAGGGACUCAGAGAGCUGACUGCGCCCAAGGGGCCAGGGCCCAGUGCCUCCGGGGCGGGGGUCUGGCAGUGGCUGGAGAGGCUUCCAAAAGCAGGGCUCCAGGUUCCUUUUCUGCAGAAAGGAGGGAGAGGAGGCAGGCGUGCUCAGAGUAGGAUGGGCAGCCCGUGUUUGGAGAGGUUGUGCCCGGCUGCUGGUGGGAGAGUGGCCACACGUGGGGGGGGUGUGUGUCACUCACUCUGGGGCUGGAGGUGGCAGCAGAUGUGCAGGGGGAGGAGCAGGAAACCCUUCUGACAUUCCUCCCCACCCAGCGACCUCACCGAACGUUCUCUGUGGACCAGCGCUCCGGGCCUCUGCUCCCCAGAGAGGCCCGCAAUAAAGACCUUGUCUCUCA